GCAAGCAGAAGCAAAAGUCCUCUUCAGUCUUCGCAUCUUUCAGUUUGCUUACUUAUUUUUAAAAAAUUAAAUAAAAUAGUUGUUCUUUGCAUUCCAAUUUACUUUUUUAAUCGUUCAUAACUGGUAUCGAAAGCAUUAAGGACUAAAAAUGGCACGAAAUGCUGAAAAAGCCAUGACAACCUUGGCACGUUUUAGGGCUGCUCAACUGGGAACCUUAGGAGGGAAGGAUCGUAGACCUUAUUUGGCAUCAGAGUGCAAAGACUUAAAAGAAUGUGAAAGGUGGCGAAGAGAAAUUUUAAGAGAAAUUUCAAAGAAAGUCACACAAAUUCAGAAUGCUGGACUGGGUGAAUACAGAAUCAGAGAUCUCAAUGAUGAGAUUAACAAAUUGCUUCGAGAAAAGUAUCAUUGGGAAGUUCAAAUUUUUAACUUGGGUGGGCCCAACUACCGGCGAAUAGGCCCUCGCUAUCUUGACCGCGAAGGUCGAGAAGUUCCAGGGAAUCGUGGUUACCGGUACUUCGGGGCCGCUCGGGAAUUGCCAGGUGUCAGAGAAUUGUUUGAGCAAGAACCAAUGCCUGUGCCAAAAAAAUCACGAGCUGAAUUAAUGAAAGAUAUUGAUGCCGACUACUACGGAUACCGUGACGAUGAUGAUGGAAUUCUUAUCCCACUAGAACAAGAGGCUGAAAAAGAGGCGGUCGCAAAGGCAGUUGCAGAAUGGCAAGCAAAGAAAGAAGCAGGUAUUUUGGAAUCGGAUAAAAACUACGGAGCCGAAGAAAAUAUUUAUACAACUCGUAAACUUAAGGACGAUUCCGUUCUGGCAGACAGUGACGAGGAAAUGGAAACUGAAGCACCAAGAUUCGUAGCUCACGUAGCUGUUCCCUCUCAAAAGGAGGUAGAAGAGGCUAUUCUGCGCCGAAAGAAACAAGAAUUACUGGAGAAAUAUGUCAGUUCUGAACUGCUAAUGGAGACGGAAGAGACAUCAAAGACUGUGAAUGAAAUGAAUUCUUAAAGCACGAAGUCUUCCUUCCGUCAACUUCUGAUUAAUACAACAUAAAUUUUGAAACCUA